AUGGCUGCAAACGAAGGCACAAAUGGGCACACGGAAGUUCCUUCCGACCUUGAAAAGAAAAUUAUCAAACAAAUCGAGGUAAGCUGUAGGUUAUUUUUGUUUUUUAUUAAUUUGCUUUUCUGCCAAGAAUCCCAGCGAAUGGUUAUUCACCUGAGAAGCAUUUUAAGGCUAAAAGGAAUUCUACCAUAAGUGAAAAGGACGCUAUUUUUGUACUCGUAAGCACAAUUACCCAUAAAAUUUCCUUGCCAAGAGCGUUAGUUUCAGCUUUGAAUGUCAGCAUUUUGCCUUUAUGUGUUAACCGCUUAUGCAGAAAAUAGAAUAAACGUUAGAAUGACUCUGUAGAGUUGCUACGUUCAUGUAUGUAGGCACGUUUUGACUACCGGUAUUUGUGGAGCCUACUCUACGUGUACAUGUAUCACAUAUAAAUGUUAAGAACUUUGUCAAAAUUUUAAGAACUUUGUCAAAAUCGACAUCACAUCAAUGCUGACUUGGGGACAGUGUCUGAGUGGUUCUCUAGAAAUCUCCUGACACUAAAUAUAUCCAAAUGUAAUUUUGUUAUCUUUGGAAGUCCUCAGAAACUGAAUCGUAUUCAAGGCAUUUCGGUUAAAGUAGAGGGCACUAGCAUUGAAAGAACACAAUCAUUCAAAUACCUAGGCGUAACACUUCAACAGUCUAUGUCCUGGGCAGAUCAUGUCGAUGCUAUCAGCAUGAAGAUUAAUCAGAGAAUAGGCCUAAUUAGGAGAAUCAGGAAUCUAUUGCCGCUACAAGCUAGAGUUGCCUUGUACAAUGCCCUAAUCCGCGCUCUUUUUGAUUACGGAGACGUUAUAUUGGGGGGACAAGAACAAUGACACCAUCAUGUCAGAAUUACAGAUUCUACAGAAUAAAGCUGCUAAAGUUAUGCUGGGGCACCCACCCCGAAGCUCGUCAACUGAAGCACUGAAAAGUCUAGAUUUGAAGUCACUGUCCACAAGAAGGUUUUUUCAUCGCUGCAUUGCAACCCACAAAUGUCUUAUUGGAGAAACCGAUUUCAACUUUAAUUUUACUAAAAAUCAAGCUGUUCAUUCAUGCAAUACAAGAUGUUCUAAUGAUAUUCGUUUACCCCUACCCAGAACAAACUGGGGUAAACAAACUUUUAUUUUUCACGCCGCGAAAGACUGGAACAGCCUUCUAACGGAUUUGAAAGAGUGUAAAUUUUUAUUUAUUUUUAAAUCCAAGUAAAAAACGUUUUUAAAAGAUCUCAGCUAAUUUUAAACCUUGAUGUUUUUUUGUAUAAUCGAUUUUAAGAUUUUAAAUUUUUAAAUUUGUUUUACUUGUAAGCAUAUUUUACUUUUUUCGUAAUUAUUAAUUAAUUAGUUAGAUUAAUGCAUGAGGGCCCCACUGAAAACCGCCUUGGCGAGUUGGGCUCCCUCUAUAAAUAUUAUUAUUAUUAUUAUUAUUAUUAAGGAACUACAGUCACCCACGGUCAAACUGACUCAUGACAGAAUAGGACUCUUGUGCAAGUCUGCCUUACAUCCAUCUUAAAUUGUAACAAUCAGUGCAAUGCAGCCAGUUAAAGGUUCCAUUAAUUAAGCAAGUUAGCUCAUGAUCAUCAGUAAGAACUACAGUAGAACUCUUCAGUCCCCCCCUAGCUAGUUGAUCAAUAAAUAGGAUGUUUUCUUUGAACAUUCUGCCAUGUUGUUCACCACUGUCUGGUCAUGGGUUGGGAGGUUCCAUUUUUUAUCUGCACCCCCCUAAAUAUGAUGGGAAUCUGAACCUGGGUUCUUUUUUUGUCGGCACCUUUGACAAAUUUGUAUGAGGGGUCAAAAUUUUGUGGGCUUCUUGGAAGGAAAAAUCCGAACCCCCCGUUCGGAAAAACCAUCAUCCUUAGGGGGAUGCGGAUAAAAAAUGGAACGUCCCAUUGAACCUUUGAUUUAAAACUGUGCCCAUUAUUAAUAGCCUGGGGAACUGAAAGCAGUUCACUGAAAUUGUCUAAAAUACCUAGCUGUAUUUUAACAAAUCUGAAGAUACUUGAAUAAACUUGAAUCUUCAGCCCAGUGUAGAGCAAAGGCAAAGCUUCCUGCUACUGCUAGAACCCUGCAUGAUCACUAUAUAACCCUGACAACCAUCUGAAAGUAAUUCAAAACUAUAGCUUUGGUUUGGAGUGUUGGACACCAGCCUAACAUCUUAUCAGACGAUUUAAUUUUCUCAAAUAAGUGAUAACUGGAAACCACCACCAUCCCUGUUCAGGGUAGGGCUGUACCUGAAAUCUUCAUCUUUGCUCUAUAUUGGUUCAGAGACUUGAGCUUAAUUUGUUCAAAUUUAUCACAUCCUUGAUAGAUGAGUUUUCUAUGUAAUCUUGUGUUAUCGUGCAUGUCAAAUUAUUGUUGCAGUUUUAUUUUGGUGAUAAGAAUCUACCCAGGGACAAAUUUCUCCGACAGAAGGUUGAUGAAGAUGAAGGAUGUAUCCUUUCAUGUACCCAUGUCCUUAAAAUCACUUUUCAACUAACAAGAGAAUAUACAGGUUUUAAGCUCUGCAGCACAACACUCACUCAACUGAUAGACUUAAUUAACAUUCUACUUUCAUUUUUCUCAUGAUUGCUUAUGACACAAGGAGAAUUUAUCACUCAAUGAACUGUCAGUUUUUCCAUAUGUCCUUUUUUAUAUCCCAUCUCCUUUCACGCCGUUUUGCUUGUACAGGCAGUGUUCUCUUUAUCAGGUGGUAACCGGUAAAAUUUACCCCCUAAAGCAACACUUCUUACCGCCUGCAACUGCUUGAAGGUUUACUAAAAUUAUUGUGAUCUGAUCCUAUUUUCACAAGGAAAUGAGAGAAUAUAUGGAAAAGUACCGAAGUAUACACGGCUUUUGUUUUUAUGGGCCACACAUUUUGGAAAGAGAACAUUGAAGACAGAGUAAAAUUAUUGGAAUCAAAGGUUUUUAAUUGUUGUCUAAAGAUAACAAUGGCUGGUUUGCGUGAAAUAGGUGUUAAAAUGAGGGAAUGACAUUUCAGAGAACUUAGCUCCUGAAUUUCCAAGCGAGGGUGGGCCAUGUCCCGCCUCCCCCCCAACCAGGAAAGUGCACCUUUGGUGUAUAUUUUUGCCUUACCGGCCAUGAAUGAUCCCUUUCCUGCUGAUCUAAACUUUAGGGAGAACACAGUCUAUGCAGGUAUCUUAGUGAGUUAGCAAAAUAAAAAAGGGCAUAAAAUGUACUCACUCUCUCUCAAAUAUCUCAAGAGGAUUAAUAUACAAAAUAAAAUUACAGUAUUAUUUAUUCUCACUGUAAUCUGCUGUUUUCUUGACAAGACUUGCUAUAAAUCACAGGGGUGACACUUGAGUGCCUAACAACUUUCAACAGACUUAAGGUAAGAGGCUCAUAUUUGCUUUAUCUUGCCCCAUUCUUUCUCUAACAAGAAAAUACCAGAAGGCAUUUACAGUGUAUGCGGGAAAUGUUGGUGUACGUAAGGGGUAUUUUGACUGGAGUUAGACAGUUAAGUACAUGGGUUGGUACUGACAAUGGUGAUAGGAGAGGAGUUCUUCAGAGUGAAAGCAGAUAUAAACAACUAGCCCACUUGUUAAAAAGGUGGAUAAAUCUCUUUAGUAUAUACUAAAACAGUGGAAAGUAUUUUUUUGGCGCUCUGAUUGGCUACUCAGUCAGUGAAUAUCCUGCACUAUUCACUGAUUCACCUCCAGUUCCUCCAAGCGAGCGACGCCAAACUCGCGUAGGUUGCGAGCAAAAUGCUUUCCCGGUUUGCUGCCGUAACAAACUAAGAAAUUUCACAACUAAUCAAGCAAGCUAUUUCCGAAAUACAUGAAGAAGGUGUCGAAGUUCGGUUUGGAAGUUUUAACAGGUAAGGCUUUGCCUUUUUGACUUGAAUAGUUAUCGAUAAAACCGGUGAAAAAGUUUUUUGUUUACAAAUGCAAAUUAAGCUUAAGUCUUGCGUUUCUUUAUUUAGUUGACUUGUUCAUAAAUAAGCUUAAAACUAAAGUUAAUAUUCUUUUUUACAGAAUUGUUUUAAAUACAAACAGAAUGCAGAACUCCUUUUGAAGAAACUUCCCCGCAAGAGCUAAACAAACGCCUUUAAAAGUUUUAUUUGUCACUAAGAAAAAGCGACGACCACGGCCGUUCGGUCAUUGCGCACCAAAAUUGUAAUCGUUUGCAACAGUAAAUGAGUUAAAAAUCAUCAUUUUGUGCUCAAUUAUCUCACUGUUUUAGUAUAUACUAAAACAAUUAUUCACCUCGGUGUCAGUGGCUAGUAGUGGAUAUUUACCUCGCUGCUUCUCCGCCUCGGUAAGUAUCCAAUACUAGCCACCUCCACUUCGGUGAAUAAUUGCUAUUUAUUAUAUAAACACCAAUGAAAUACCAAGUGAGCUUUUGCACGAAAACUUGAUAUCUUCACAUGUGAAAAUAACAUGUUAUCUUCACAUGUGAAAAUAUCACCGUUGCUAUGGCUACAUAAUAAAUAGCACCUUUCACACCAAAAAACUAUUUAAGUAAAAUGGUUUGGUAUUUCAUUGGUGUUUAUAUAAUAAAUAGAAUAUUACAUGGUCGCUUGGAGAUACGAAAUUUCUCUUCCCGUGUUGAAAAAAAUAUUUCACUUGUUCGCUGCCCUCACUCGAGAAAUAUUUUUCAACACUCGAAGAGAAAUUUCGUAUCUUCGCACGGCCAUGUAAUAUCCUCUAUAUCUAGUGGAUGGCGCAAUGGUUUUUCACUAUCCAGCUUUUAUGCUGGAUAGCGAUCAAUCCAGUGGAUGGUGCUUGCCCACGUUUGGCCCAGAGACUGACAGAACCAUUAUUUUUAGGCUCUAUCAACAGAUACAGAUGCUAUAGCCAAAGCUCUCAGAAAAUCAGAAGGUGGCCUGCUUGAGGUACGUUACAAAUGUAUGUUUAAAUACCGGUACAUUGUUGCUCUUGAAUUUAGUUUCAGUAAGAUGUACCUGUAUCAGUGUUAUUUGUACAUGUGAAUUAAGGCUUGUUGUAUAUUUAUAAAGGCUGUGUUUGCUUCCAGAAAUAUUAGAUUGUAAGAAGCAAAAAAUUUUUGAACCUAGAACACUUAGUACAUAGUAAUAAUGUUAAUCUCUGACCACCCCUGGUGUAUGACAAAGUGGUUGCUUAUGGGAGGUGGUUGUCCAAAGGAAAAAUCAACAAAAUGUACAGUUUUUUUUAAAGCUCAAACUAAAAUGAUAUAAGAUAGAGUUUUUGAGUGACAGUAUUUAACUGAGAAAAAAAAAGCAGUUAUUUACAACAUGGUCGCUUAUUGGAGUUGGUCACUUAUGAGAAGUGGUUGCUGUGAGAGAGUUGAGGUCGAAGAAGUAGUUUUUUUCAAAAAGUAAGGUUUAGCAGAAGUAUUAGCUGCGUAGAAAUAAACUGACCAGGUACUACUAGACCUCAAUUCUGUCAAUUUAUUAACAGUACAGAAUGUAGCAGCACUGUAAAAUGCUAUUUUUGUUUUUUUAGGUCAGUGAAGAUAAUAAGAAAGUAAGAAGAGCUACAACAAAACCUCUUCCCGAGGAAACUGCAGAAGCAAGACAUGAUGCCAAAACCAAAACAGUUUACUGUGUAAGUUGUGUAAAGCAUGCUGUUCAAUUAUACAGUGUAAUUGGGGUAACAUUAAAACCAUAAUAACAGCAAAAUUGUUUCUCAGUUUCAAAACGCUAGCCAAAUAUGCCAAGGGGGGUGUUUUAUCUUUUAUUAGAAGAUCAUCUAUGCACCCCUUCAUAUACUUCUAUACAGCGGGCUCCACUGCUUCCUACAUUUAUAUACAAUGCAACACUAAAAUUAAUGUUGUCCCAAUGAUGGCUCUUGAACUGCAUAUAUAUUACACAUAUCAAAGAGUAGGGGUAAUUUUCCCAAUCCCUUCAUUUUGGCAUCUAGAGAUCUAAUUAAUGUUGUCCCAAUGAUGGCUCUUGAACUGCAUAUAUAUUACACAUAUCAAAGAGUAGGGGUAAUUUUCCCAAUCCCUUCAUGUUGGCAUCUAGAGAUCUAAUUAAUGUUGUCCCAAUGAUGGCUCUUGAACUGCAUAUAUAUUACACGUAUCAAAGAGUAGGGGUAAUUUUCCCAAUCCCUUUAUUUUGGCAUCUAGAGAGGGUUGUCUAAAUUUUAAAUGCUGUACAAACCAUCAUCAAUGCAUAGUUUACACAACAUGUACAUGUAACCUUCGCUUAGCAGGAUUUAAAGUAGUUAAUGAAUAGCCAUUUGAUUCUUCUUUAAUCUUCAUUGUUAGUUUGGUGUAAUUUCCUUGCAGAAAGGUUUCCCUGCAGAAACAACUAUUGAUCAACUGGAAGAAUUCUUUUCAGAUAAAGGAAAGGUAAAGUACAACCCCCCCCCCCCAUGUUUUAUUCUUAAAUAAGGGUUGAUUUCAAGUGUCGCAUUAUGUUCGGAAUUAAAAUAGAGGCAAUAUAUAAAAGGUCACUUGUAAGCGUAAAAGUUGAAACUCGCUCAACUUCUCUUUUAAGGUCAGCACUUUUUAUCUUGCCUCUAUUUUAUUAACGUGAUUAAAAUUUACAUUCGAUAACUUGCAAAGCCAAAAACUCGCCAGUGGAAAUCAACCUUUAGCCUGACUUGUCCUCCGUCAGUUUAGUCCUAGCGUCUAUUUUGGUACAUGAAAUUUUACAUUGUUGUUAGUAUGCUUAUAACCAGCCAGUGGAUCCUAUGUUGAAGCCCCUUAAACACUACGUUUUGCCAUGAUUUACCUGUGUUUCUUUUUUUUUUAACUGUUCAAAGGCCGUGCUGAUCAAAAUGAGGAGAGGCGAAAACCAUUUAUUUAAAGGAUCUGUGUUUGUUGAAUUCUCCACUGUCGAUGAGGCAAAGGCAUUUGUGGCAACAGAAGCUCUUAAAUACAAUGAACAGGAGCUCAUUAAAAUGAUGAAGUAAGUAUUCUUCAUUAAUCAGGAAGAGUUGUCCCUAAAAUGGCUUCUCUCCCGACAGUACACUGUAUGUUUGUGUAAAGUUUCAAGCGUUGGCAGAUACUAUUGAUUGGGAGAGUGGGGUGUUUGAGGGCUGGGAAACCCCUAUGCUAUUAAUACAUGUAAAUCCAUCACACUGGAGUAUUAACUGAAGUACACUUUACUUGACUUUGAAACUGACAAGAGAAAAUACUACCUGAGAGUUGCCUUCAGUUUUCACCUUGCAGCUUAGUAACAAAACUUGCGAUGGUUCCUCAUUGCCUUUAACCUGCAAACAAGCUCUCUAAUUUUGCGAGAGAAUACACUUGCAUCUCCUUUCGCAUGUGGUUCUCACAUGAAUUCUCGCGACUCCCUAAAUGGAGAGAUUGCUUGCAAGCUGCAUUGCCUUUCAACUGCGGUUCUUGUCGAAACUGAUAGAACCUGGGGUUCAUUCAUUUUAUCACACAACAUAGAAAAGCUACAACUUUUUGAGUGUUUAUCAUGAAAACAAGGGUCUGUGUAAAAAAAAAUACAUGUAACGUUUGAAAACUUGUAUGACUUUUGACAGUGUGCACAAGUUAUCCUCCUGUAAUACAUGUAAUAAUGUCAUUAACUGUCACAGCAGUCUGUUACUGCACAGGAGGUUCAAACCUCCUGCCUCUUGUGCCCUGCAUUCCCUGCUUCCGUCUUUUUUUACUGGAUUCCUCCAUUGAGCUAUCUUUCGAUCGCAAAAUAUUAAGCAUUAUUGGGUAAUUUCCUUUAUUCAUUUCCCGCCCUCUUAAUAGAACUCCCACCUCUCACUCUUUCCUCUCCCACCCCCCUCCACCCCCCCAUUAUCCCGAGCUCCUAUGCCCCUGUCUUCCCCACUGUUCAGUUACAAGGACGUUUUUGAGCGACGUACGUCAACCGGAAGUGGACUACUUGCAUUCUGAGGCAAUGCGUUUGCACUAAUUUUCGGGCAAAUCGUCUCUAUAAGAGUAAAUACACUUAGCAAUACAAUUCUGGUAGCAUCAAGGCAUAUCAGAGACGUUUAGAUUCUAAGACGAGUACUACUUUGAGUACGAGAUUUUCUCAGUUCUAAGCAGCGUCAUUUUGGCGGGAAAACGUGGUAGCCGUCGUCAUUCUACUACGAGUUUUAGCGAGAAUGUCGAGUGGGGAAAACAAGUUAUCAAAUGUUAGAAGUUUUAUCAUUUUGCGAUCGGGAGAGGGUAUAACCCCCUUCACUAAAGGUAACAGUGCUAACUUUUCUGGUGAAAAAUGGUGAAAUGAAGCUUUCCGGGAAGUCUAUAAUUUUGAGAAUGCGCGAAUCAACUUUAAUUCAAAUCUCGUGCUCGUAGUUGUCCUCGUCCUUGAGUCUAAAGGUCUCUAUUAAAAGGGCCAACAGCUCACUUCCGUUUUAGGUGUGUGUAGCUCGAAAACGCUUUUGCCUCACCUUCCUACUGACAGAGCAAGGCCUUUGACAAUUCUUUUGCAUCGUACAAUUUAAGUUCGCGUUUGAAAAUGAUUUCGAUUAUUGGUGAAUUUUAAAGGCAUUAAUAUGACCUUAUCACAGGUCUGACUACUUUUAAAAGAAGGAGGAAGAAUUCAAACUGAAAAAGGAGAAACAAAA